UUUGCCUUUAGACCAUUGCAAAACUGCCAUUCAGUAUAAAAUAUUCCUUGUUUUCAGACUGAAGAUAAAAGCAAAGAAAACUAAACUAAAGCAGACAGUUUUAAUCGAGUUUUUCUGUAAUAAAUGUUUUAAUGACAAUAUUCUUCUGUGAAAUGAUGAAGACGCGUUAUAAGCUUGUUUACGACAUUGAUACAAAACAAGUUUUCCAGAGCUCUGUGAUGAUGUAUUACACUGUUUUUGUAGUUUUAACGUAUGAAUGAGUCAUUUAAAUUAAACCAGCAGCCCAGAGAUGAACUAAUGAGGUCCGUUUGAUAUUGACAAAAAUACAUUUUCAGACACAAAGAAAUGCAGAAAACGUUUCAUUUCGAUUAAUUCCUUUUAAUUUUAAUUAAUUGAUUAACUAUAAUUAAUAAUGCUUUCUUUUGACACAUGGGGAAAAUAAAUUAGAAUAAUUUUAAAAGCAUUAUUUCACAACAAACUUUACAAACAGAUCUGAUAUUUGACGAUAUUUAUGAGCCGAAAAACCCAUUGAAAUUUGUGUCUUUUAACGUAGAUCGGGAAUGCAAAAUAUUUCGACAAUUAUCGACGUAAAAAACAUGGAAAAUAGAGUCCUUCUGUUUAGCCUACAUUUUAUACAGCCUACAAAACUGAUUUGCAGGUCGGAAAAAAAAUUGUAGGUCUAUAUAUUUUUCUUUGAACAUAUUUCUGCAAAACUCCAAUUUUAAAAGGCUAUGUGUGGUCUAUUAACACAACACAUCUAUAAGAUCUCACAAAACGUGCACAUGCAUUAAAGCAAGAAUAAAAUUAAGCAUAUUUAUAAAAUCUAUGCCUAAAGUUACUAUAAAUUAGAUUGUUAAUCUAAAGAUUUUAACUAAAUAUUUAAUUUUGUAAGAGGGUUCUGUUCCUGUACAGUUUUGCCAGAUUUAUUAUUGGAUAAAGCAUAGCUUUAAUUAAUGUGCUUGUUUUUAUUUGAGGAAAUUAAAUGUAUGAUUUCUCCCACUGCGUUUCAAACAAUAACAAAUACCUCUGCUGUUGCGUCAUAAUUAGAAUGGGACAUUUAGAAUGUCUUGCAUUCUUAAACAGCUUCUCUGUACAGAUUUGUCAUUUGGCUUGAUUUUUUCUGUCUGCAUUACACGAAUUCAACAGCGUUAAUGUUUUAUCCAACCGCUUUUGUGAUCAUGGGACAGAAGAGAAAGAGAGAUUGUUUUUCUGACAGCGAUUGCGUUAUUGCGCACAAUUUCCAUCAUGGUGCGCAAACAAAAUCCUGCCCCAACGAGGCGUUCAACAAUCUCGAGCCCGUUGAGGAGAGGCGACCAUCAAAAAAGAUGAGGAGCGGGUCGUCUUCUUCUUACUUCUCUGCUCAAAGUGUCACCUCUGAGGAGAGAAAUUCGGAAUAUUAUGAUUGUUUUAUGGAUUUCUCUGUGGAGAAUUAUGAACUUCAGGAAACUGACACCAGCAGCGGCCUGAGACUUGACGAGGCCAGCUCUAGUUCCAGCUCCUCCAGCAGGACGUCCAGCUCCAACAGCAGCUCCAGCAGGACGUCCAGCUCCAACAGCAGCUGCAGCAGGAAGUCCUGCUCCAACACCAGCAGGACGUCCAGGUCCAGCAAGACAUCCAGCUCCACUUCCAGCAGCCCAUCCAGCUCCAGCAGCAGCCUUGGUGGUCAGCAGGUCCAAGAUCCAGAUCAAGACAUCGACAAUGACAUUUUGGGCCGCUACAGAAUUGUGAAAAAGCUCGGUCAGGGAGGAUACGGGACAGUGUUCGAAGCAGUUCGUGUGAGGGACGGUCUUGAGGUGGCAAUGAAGGUGGUUUUGAAGAGCAGCGACAUGGAUUACCUCAGCAUUCCUGGUCAUCCUACACCCCUUCCGUUAGAGGUUGCUCUAACCAUUCUUGCCAACAAUGGUCCGACCGUUCCUCAGAUAAUCCAGAUGCUGGAGUGGCAGGAGCGUCCCGACUCCUACAUAAUGAUCUUGGAGCGUCCCUCACCCUGCGAAGACCUUUUUGAUUUCCUGGAGCGGCACUUAGGAACCCUCAGUGAGAACAUGACAAGGCACAUCAUGAGGCAGGUAGUGCAGGCUGCCCACAUGUGCUGUCAGCGAGGGGUCCUCCAUCGGGACAUUAAAUUAGAAAACCUGCUGAUAAACAAGGAAACUUUAGAAGUUAAACUCAUCGACUUUGGCUGCGGUGACCUUCUGAAGACCUCAGCAUAUACAACAUUCUGUGGGACUGAAGAUUACUGUCCACCUGAAUUUAGAUCCAGUGGCAGGUACCAUGGAAAGGCGGCAACUGUUUGGUCACUGGGGGUUCUCCUGUAUGAGCUGCUGUGUGGAGAACCUCCAAAACACAGUGACCUGGACUUGACAGAUGAAAGGAUUUGGAUCAAACCUGGAUUGUCAAAAGAGUGCUGCCAACUGGUCCAGUCCUGCCUGCAGAGGAGCCCCAAGAAGAGGAUCGCUUUGGGGAAACUCAGCAGCCAUCGCUGGUUCAAGGUAUUCAAUUCUACAUUUUCUUUCUUGAGCAUUUUUAUACAGGAGGUGUGUGUAACAUAGAGACCAACAAAUGUGUGUGUUGCUUGUUUCAGGUCACCAGAUAAAGAAAAAAACAGAAGUUCCAGACCCCUCCAUCAAGACGAUUAUAUCAUCUGAUCUUCUACAUCUUCAUGUCAUUAGACUCAAAUAAAUUAUUGUUUUAUAAACACCGUUGUGCCUGAACGUCCUGUAAUGGAUUGAGAGAAAAUGUGCCUGCAAGAAGCAAACCAGAGCUGAUUCUCAACACUUACCCAGUUCCAGUGCUGUGUGUCAACACUGUCCUCAUCUGUCGACACUUACAGAUCCUGACAAAACUGUAGCUGCCUAAGCUUUAGCUUUAGUCUCUCCAUCUCGAACAUGCUCUAUAGAGGGACCCUCAGGAGCACAGGUGUCAAAUCCAGUUCCUGGAGGGCCGCAGCUCUGCACAGUUUAGUUCCAACCCUGCUUCAACACACCUUCAAACAAGCCUGAGGGACUUAAUGAGUUUGAUCAGGUGUGUUUAAUCAGGGUUAAAGCUAAACUGUGCAGAGCUGCGGCCCUCAAGGAACUGGAUUUGACACCUGUGCUCAAGAGCAUCCCGAGCAGCUGCAUCAACUGAACUACCUCCAAACACAAACACUAGGAACUGUGUUUACUGAUAAAUGUAAUGUUUCUGCUUCUGAAUUGUUUAAUGCACUUUAAUGUCUGUGUCUUGCACUGUUUGCACCAGGUUGCACUUUACAUCAUCAGGUAGUUUACUCUUUAACCCUUGGUUCUGAGGUGUUUUGUGUUGUUUGUGUGUCUCCUACUGUUUUGUGUAGUUGUGUGUGGUUUUUAUGUGGUAACUGGAUAAACAUGGUCUCAUUUCACUGUGUACUGUUGAGAUGACAAUAAAACCUUUUUGCACUUGAACUUGCUCAUCUCACUGUCUCAGCCGUCAUGGUUUUAAAACAGUGCCUGUUGUUUCAUUGAUUGUUUCAUGAUCCGUAACACCCCUAAUAAUUACUGUAAUAUGGAGCAUUUAAAGCAGUCUUGUUAAAUACUGUUUGUAAACAUUUGCGCCUAAAUUAUUUAGACACACCUAUUGGUUAAAUAAUGUAAUUGCUGCCUACAACUUUCAAAUUUUGAGCAUCAAGUUAAACAGUAUGACCGUGAUUUUAAUCUUUACCAUAAACAUC